ACUUGGGACUUCCGUAUUGCUGCAUGGCAUUGACAUAACAAAGACACCCUCCAAGCAAUUAAAAAAGUCCGCUGUUUGCAAUAGCUACAUUCUGUCUACCACUACCGCAUAAAUAUUCAACAUGGCCAAGAAGCCUGUCGCAUCUUCCGCUGCAGCGAAAAGCAGCACCCCCGUUGCCGCAUCUAAACCACCUCCAGCCGGUCGUACUGCCUCUGGUUCCGUUUCCACAGCUUCCACUCCUGCAUCAAGGCCCGCACCCCAAAGCUCAUUAUCACCACGAUCGUCACCCCAGGAAAUCAUUGUCCAUGUCUGGAAUAGAUACCUUCAAGAUACCCCCUCGCGGACGAUGUUGCUAGAUGUCUUCAUGGCUUGGCUAGUGGUUGUAGGAGGUAUUCAGUUCUUAUACUGCGUUGUGGCAGGCAACUUUCCUUUCAAUGCUUUCCUAUCCGGUUUCUCGGCCGCGGUUGGCCAGUUUGUCCUAACGGCGUCCUUGCGAAUGCAGACAUCUGAAAGACCUCCGGCUGGAGCAUCGACCGCAGCGAAGAAGACCACCAGCAAGACUAUUGACGCUGUGAGUGGGGAGUUGGUGGAGAGUGGGAAGGUCAGCACCGAGCGAGCUUUUGCGGAUUAUGUGUUUGGAAGUCUAAUACUCCAUGGAUUCUGUGUGAACUUUAUCAACUGAAAGAGAUGGGCUGUCUCCCAAAUGAUGAGGUCAAGUGGGAAAAGUGAGUGGCCAUACUUGCUGGGCAAGGACGGAAUCUGCCAGGCCCCGUGGACGGUGUUUGGACACGAUUCAAAGACCCAAUGAAUCCCAACCGCAGCAAGUGGCAUAUCAUUCAAUGCUACGAAGCACAUUCAUUUUCGGUCGAUGCAAGAACUCUGCCAGAUGAAGCGCAAAGCAUUGGCCUGUUCCAACCUGACUCAGAGAAGUCUAUGCAUCUACUACACUGGCUAUGACUUGGCUCUUGUAUUCUAAAACCAUUCCAGCGACCUUUGAGAGCGAACCGAUACGGUGCAGCAAAAGAAAACCUGUACAUUAGAGCCUGGGGGCGUUCAAGACGUGGAAAAUUAAGGCUGUCUGAGUGCCAGGCCAAAUAAUGGUCAGAAAAAGAAAGCUAAACCUCUUUCGGUAAUCACUUCAUAUUUCCU